AAGGCAAAACAUUGGAAGCUUUCCUAAAUGUGACUUGCAAGUCAAGUCGUCUACACCUUGGGACAUAAUUAUUGGAAAUUUUGCUACCAGGAGAAACUGCUCUCUCUUUUUAGAGGAUAACGAAGCUCCGUCGUCUAAACAGAAAUGGAGAAGCCAAAAACCAGUCGCUCACCGCUUCCAUCACUUGCUUUUUCCUUCUCCUUCCUCGCCGUCUUUCUUCUCAAUGCUCAUGCUCAGAGUCUCCCACCAGCAAAAUUCGACGGUUUCGUAUACGGAAAUCACUCACUGGACUUGGACACGAUCCUCAUCGAGGCGUUUUUCGAUCCGGUUUGCCCUGAUAGUAGAGACUCUUGGCCGCCUCUCAAAAAAGCUCUCGAUCAUUACGGCUCUCGCGUUCGUCUCGUCAUUCACCUCCUCCCUCUACCUUAUCAUGACAAUGCAUAUGCAGCAUCUCGUGCUUUACAUAUUGUAGAUUUGGUGAAUCCCUCGGAUACAUUCAAAUUGUUGGAAGCAUUCUUCGGGCAUCAGAAGCAGUUUUACAAUGCUGAAACUCGUUAUUUGUCAAGGGCUUCUGUUGUGGAUAACAUUGUGAAGUUUGGAGUUGAAGUACUAGGGAACUCCUACAAAAACACUCUAAUAACUGGCUUCAAUGACAGGGACACCGAUCUUUUGACACGUGUUUCUUUCAAGUUUAGCACCUCAAGAGGAGUCUAUGGAACACCUUUUUUCUUUAUAAAUGGAUUCCUUGCUCCUGAUAAAGGGUCUCCCAUAAAUUACACCGGAUGGAGAAACUUGAUCGACCCUUUGAUCAAGAAAAAUAAGAGAUCGGGGUCUCAGCAUCUAUCACUAUAAAGUAUUUGGUCGACAAAAAUCUCUUUAGUCUCCAUGACGACACAUCUUUAUAUGCUAUACAUAUCUAUAUGGUUUGCAGAUGGAUAUCCUCUAAUCUUGGAAGGUAUACGGACUUAGCUUUUAUGUGAGAACCCAUUCUCCCAGAAAAAGGUAAGCUAGUCUUGAUUGGUUAUGUGAAAAAUGACUCUUGCUAGUGAAAUAUUCGCUGUGUGUGUUUUGUACUUCUUUUGUUGUUCUGUAAUUGUCAAGUAAUGUGAAAGAUGGACAUGCUUUCUUUAGAACUCAAAGAUCCAGUUGUACAACCUAUAGAAUAGAUCCUAUUCAAGGAAGGUCGUUAUUCUAAGGAUGCUUUCAUUGACCUUCUCUAUUUGUUUGAAGAAAUAUAGCUCACCGGCUUAGUUAUUUCA